AAAAACAAAGCACAACCAAAACAAAGGCAUAACCAAAAGCAAAAGCAAUCAACCGCAAGCAAAAGGGUAAAGUGUUGCCAAAAGUUUCUUUAUUCACGCUCUCUCCCAAAGGCAAAUACCAAAGCCCCAACCCUCAAAAAUAUGGAGGAUGAGGACAUGACACCCUUUUGGCUCCAAACCACCGACAACCGCCGUCGCCGCCGCCGUCAAGCUUCAUCUUUCUUCUUCAACACUGGUAUUCUUAUCAUCCUCUUACUGGUCAUUGCAUUUGCUUUUGUCUUCAUUAUCAUCCCUUCAUUUCUCUCUUUCACUUCCAAAGUAUUCAAGCCUCACCUUGUUAAAAAAUCAUGGGACUCCGUCAAUCUAGUCCUCGUACUUUUCGCCAUUAUCUGUGGCUUCUUAAACUUAAACAGCAACAACGAUAACAAUGAUUCCCGAAGUGCUUACGAAGAUUACAGGUUUUCUAGUACUCCCAAACAUGUUCAUGAUCAUGAUGUCGGAAGAUCAAAUCCGUCAACCCCGCGUCAAUGGUAUGACUACCCAUCAUCAUCAUCAGAUCGGAAGGCAUAUAACUCAUUGCAGAGGGUGAGAAGCAGCAACUCUUAUCCAGAUCUACGGUUGGAAUCUUCUUGGGUGAUGAACAAUGAUGAUCGCUGGAGAUUUUAUGAUGAUACUCAUUUGUAUAAUUAUCGUAGUAGGUCAAGGCGAGAGAACGAUCAAGAACAAGUUUACAUUAAUAAUACAAAGGAUAUAGUUGUCCAUACUGUUCAGACGUCUUCGCCGGCACCUUCUUCUCCACAGCCAGCAUCACCUCCACCAGCUGUAGCAGCAGCAACAGCACCGCCGCUGCCACCUCAGUCACCUCCUCCGCAGCCUUCUAAGGUAGUUAGAAGAAAACCCAAGCGGACAUAUGAUUUUGAAGAUCUAAAACCUAAGGAGAAAAGUGAACUUAAGGAAGUUAUAUACAGUGACUUGAAAAUCAGGCAACCUAUUCCACCACCAUCGGCACCAGCUAGGCCACCAUCUUCACCACCACCACCGCCGCCGCUGCCGCCACCAAUAGCUGGGUCAGAAAAGAGAAGUAACAAGAGUGAGAAAAAAAGAGGUGGAGUAACUAAAGAAUUCUUAAUUUCAUUAAGAAGAAAAAAGAAGAAACAGAGACAAAGAAGCGUAGAAAACCUUGAUGAAUUCUUUAACCUUUCAACGUUUCCUUUAUAUCCACCCCAAUCACCUGCGCCUCCGCCACCACCUCCACCACCACCACUACCUUCAUUUUAUCAAAGCAUAUUUUCUUCCAAGAAAAGCAAAGCCAGAAAGCUUCAUUCAGUCCGUCCACUGGCACCAACAGCACCUCCAUUGGAAGCGCGUGCAUCAAAACGAGAACCCCAGAAAUCACCGGUAACAACCCAAAAACUUCCAUUGCCAGUCAAGAUAAGCAACAUCAACAAUGUGGAGGAGAGCAUCGAAAGUGGCAACGAAUCACCAUUAAAUCCGAUCCCCCCGCCGCCACCUCCUCCGCCGUUUAAAAUGGCGCCGUGGAAGUUCGAAGUGCACGGUGACUUUGUUAGGUUAAGAAGUAUCAACAGUUCACGGAGCCGCUCACCGGAUUUGGAUGAUCCAUUAAGCGAUGAAGUGAGUCCGUCGGAUGGUAAUAAAAUGGGUGAAAUCGACUAUGGAGAUUCAACUGCAGGCCCAUCGUUUUGUCGAAGCCCAGAUGUGGAUACCAAAGCCGAUAAUUUCAUUGCAAGGUUCAGGGCUGGUUUGAAGCUGGAAAAAAUAAACUCCGUCAGGGGCAGAUCUAAUCUUGGGCCUGGCCCAGAUCCAAGCACUGUUUGAGAAGCACAAUUCUAAGGUUUUUUUUUUUUUUUUUUCAUUUUUUUCAAUUUAUUUUUUUUUGGUGGAAAAUUUGUUUAUUUGGGUUGUUCUUACAUAUAAAGAAGUUAAAAUAUACAUGCACAGGAUUUUUUUGUCAAUUAUUUUUUUCUUGUCGUCAUGAAGUUUUAUUGUAAUGUACUUAAUUAUUCAAUUUUUAGGUGAUUUGUGAUUUUUAGA